AUGGAGCCAAUCAAUACAAAUGCAGAAAACUUAGAAUUUCACCAAGGAGUUGAUGACCAAUUAGAGAACGUUAUGCUGCAAGAUUUCAAUAAGUUCAGAGAGAAAAUGACCCUUUCAAACUCAGAUGGCGCUAUUGACUUUGAACACCUGGUUGAUUUGUACAUCACCCAUGGCCAUGGCAGUGACAAUUCAGAUCUUUCACAGUCGACUCGAGACCAGUUCACUGCACUUCUUCAAGAUUUUAACAUGUUUGAAAACACAAUGCUGCCUCCAUACCAAGUGGAAUCCACCAAUAUGCACAAUAAAAAUGACUUGAACAAAACUAAUAUUGAAACUCAAGAGAGUGAAAUGAUGGUCAACGAAAUGGCAGGUGUAACGAGCCUAGACGCUACAGGAAGUUGUCCAAACACCUUUACAAGCAUGAAAAUAACCUCCCAUAAUGAUACCAACGGGGAAAGUAUUAUUAGAUACUCUAACAUGACUUGUUAUAGAGCAGACGCUGGUGGUAGUGGAAUUUUGCUCGGUCCGUUCACAAGAUAUUUCAGAGCUCAGCAUGGUGGUAGGAUGAAUUUCUUGCCAUGGGCAGGUGGGAAUGCAAUGGCCAGUACAAGUACUUCUAGGAGGAAGAGAAUCAAGAGGAAGUACAGGGGGGUAAUAGAGACUGAAGAAGAGACUGCUUGCAGGUUGGAACAAACGAAAAUUAAGAACAGAGAGGCAGCAGCUAAAGCACAAGACAAUAAAAAGGCCCGUGAAGCCUCCCUAUGGACCCAUCUCCUGAAGCUUCGCAGAAAGAAUAAAUUCAGGAAAAAUUUGAUAACUUUUCUGGAAGGUCAUGAAAGGAUCAAUUUGCUUCCAAAACCAUUUCGACGAACCAUCUCAGGACCUAUAUAG